GCUCCGCCCCCGGCUCCUCGCCCGGACCGACGCCCCGCUCCCCUCGUGGCGGGCGGCGCGGCCAUGAGGCUGCGGGGACGCGAUCCCCGCGCCGCCCCCGCCUCCAGCGCGGGGGCCGGCGACGCGCGGCGGCUGGCGCCCCCGGGGCGGAACCCUUUCGUGCACGAGCUGCGCCUCAGCGCCCUGCAGAAGGCCCAGGUCGCCGUCAUGACGCUCACGCUCUUCCCCGCCCGGCUGCUGUUCGCCGCCUUCAUGAUGCUGCUCGCCUGGCCCUUGGCGCUCGUGGCUUCGCUGGGAUCCGCCGAGAGGGAACCGGAGCAGCCCCUGGCCUUGUGGCGGAAGGUCGUGGACUUGCUGCUCAAGGCCAUCAUGCGUGCCAUGUGGUUCGCCGGCGGCUUCCACCGAGUGGCCGUGAAGGGGCGGCAGGCCCUGCCCGCUGAGGCCACCAUCCUCACGCUGGCGCCGCACUCCUCCUACUUCGACGCCAUCCCUGUCACCAUGACGAUGUCCUCCAUCGUGAUGAAGGCGGAGAGCAGAGACAUCCCGAUAUGGGGAACGCUGAUAAAGUACAUCCGGCCAGUGUUCGUGUCCCGGUCCGACCAGGAUUCCCGCAGGAAGACAGUGGAGGAGAUCAAGAGACGGGCGCAGUCCGGCGGGAGGUGGCCUCAGAUAAUGAUUUUUCCAGAAGGCACGUGUACCAACAGGACCUGCCUCAUCACCUUCAAGCCUGGUGCCUUUAUCCCGGGAGUGCCCGUGCAGCCCGUGGUUCUGCGGUACCCGAACUCGCUGGACACCAUCACGUGGACGUGGCAAGGACCCGGAGCGUUGAAGAUCCUGUGGCUCACGCUGUGUCAGUUUCACAAUCAAGUGGAAAUUGAGUUCCUGCCCGUGUACCGCCCGUCGGAGGAGGAGAAGAAGGACCCCGCCCUGUACGCCAGCAACGUGCGGCGGGUGAUGGCGCAGGCCCUGGGCGUCUCUGUGACCGACUACACUUUUGAGGACUGCCAGCUGGCCCUGGCGGAAGGCCAGCUCCGUCUCCCCGCGGACACAUGCCUGCUGGAGUUUGCCCGGCUGGUGAGGGGCCUGGGUCUAAAACCAGAAAAGCUCGAGCAAGGUCUGGACAGACACGCAGAAAGCGCUCGGAGGCAGCCCCGCGGGAGGGUGUCCCUCCCGGAGUUUGCGGCUCAGCUGGAGGUCCCCCAGUCGGCGGCGCUGCAGGACCUGUUCUCCCUGUUUGAUGAGAGCGGCAGCGGAGAGAUGGACCUGCGGGAAUUCGUGGUCGCCUUGUCCGUCGUGUGCCGGCCCUCCCGGACCCUGGACACCGUCCAGCUGGCAUUCAAGAUGUACGGGUCCCAGGAGGGUGGCAGCAUAGACGAGGACACCCUGUCCAGCAUCCUCAAGACCGCCUUGGGGGUGGCCGAACUGACGGUGACCGGCCUCUUCCGGGCAAUCGACCAGGAGGAGAAGGGCAGGAUCACGUUCGACGACUUCAAGAGGUUCGCGGAGGCGAACCCCAACUUUGCAGAGGAACACCUGUACCCCGAGCAGACGCACCCUCCGAGCUGCGUGCACCCGCUCCCGGCCCCCACCCCCAAUGGCUUCUGCGCCGACUUCAGCCCCGAACCCUCGGCCGCUGGAAUGGAGCCUUUUCGUAAGAAACUGGACUAGGAUGGAAGGUUCUGGAGAGACCAGCCUCCCCCCGGCUGCCGCCGCCCUGCCUGUGUGACGACAGCUGGGGCUCGCCCUCCCCCACGCUGUCCCUUUCCUGCCCCUGGGCCCAGGCAUCGGGGACGCGGGGUCAUUUCGUCGGGGAGCCAUCGGGGCGCACAGCCCGGCCUCGAGAUCAGGGGGCAGCUCCGGGCCCGGCGCCGCCUUGUGGUCCCCCCGCCAGCCACCACCCGCCCCCGGUUCUGUUCCCACCCACCAUGGGGCCCGGGCAGCGCCGGCCCGCGCCUCCCCACGCACAGGAGCGGCCGUGUCCCCGGCUCCAGCACAAAGACUGCCCCCCCGCCGCCGAGUCUGUGGGCAGAGCCGCCGUCUGAUUUUUAAAUGUUUCUAUAUUUGCAGGAGCUCAUGAGUAUUUUAUAAACUUCAUUUAGAUACUACAGGAAACAUGCAGCAUUUUUUUUAUAAAAAGAAAAUUGUUUUUCUACUUCAUUUUCCUUUGAGGGUCGGAGGAUAUUUAUUUACAGGCCCUAUUUUGAUAGAACCAGAGGCUGGGGGCUUUGAGUUCGCUUCCCGCCUCCCUGGGCCAGGUGACCCCCCCUGUUGGGCGCCACCCUCUGCUGGCGCCGCCCUUCCCAGACCCCUAUAGACCAGCUUGGGGUUUCUGUUUCAGUGGGAGCGCGUCUACUUCACCCGAGUGGGAGCCUGACCUGGCGCCGCGGGCUGUGAGCUGAGCGGAAGCCUCCCGGGCCAGGUGUCCCCCGGCCGGUGGCUCUGCCCCCCUCCCCCUCCCCGUUCCACCCGGGGUUCCUCUGGGCAUCCUCCGGAGUCAGGGGAGGGGGCCAGGUGCUGCCUUUGUCCCCUUGAUAGUUUUUUCGGGGACUGGAAGCCUAUCCUCAAAGCACAAUGACGACCACAGGCCGAGUUCUUUCCCUGAAGCAAAGCCCCUGGCUUUGUUUGGGAAAUGGUUUUUGAAUUCCUAAGAGGACUGGCUUUUCUCUUGGGGGCAAAUCCAUAGCAAGUGACCACCGGGGCGGAAGUUCAGGGAAGACGCUACUGGCUUCCUGGGGGCAGAGAUGAGCCUGUAACUUCCUUCAUUCCGACGCCCCUCCCGCCAGCAGGUGGGGGGGACCUGACAUCAUUCCAGGGCCUUCGGCCCACUGGACACAGGAUUUCCAAAGCAGCCUUGGGAGCGAGAGGCGCUUUCGCGACCGUAGGAUGCGUGAUGAUUCCUUUUUAAAAGAGAAAAACCCAUACCCGCCAUGAAGGAGGGAACGACCUGAGAUGUUCGGAGAAGGGGCUCGGCCCCGCGUCUGCGCAUGAAGGGUUUUUGGAAUGAAAUGCCUCUGCGUUUUCAGGAAAAAAUCUCUGAUCAACAGACCUCGAAUGGAUGUCCGUUCCUCCGGAUUCUCUUUUCUCUUUUGUGAUCACGAGCCUUCAGAACUGUGAAUGUACAGAGCUUGGACUUGAACCCUUUGUGGGUCGAGGAGCCGGGGGUGGGGGGAGGGGGGCAUCGCCUGCAGGGCCCUGGGGGGGCCCUCAAAAGGAGCCUUGUCUUCUCGAUGGAAUGAAUAAAACGUGAAGUCUCAUGUACUUGA